UGUUAUUGUAGGCUAAAGCCAAUUUUGAAAAAGAAGAAAGACGUAAAGAACUUAAGCGACUUCGGGGUGAGGAUACAUGGAUGCUACCUGAUGUGAAUGAGCGAAUUGAGCAGUUCUCACAGGAACACUCUGUGAAGAAAAAGAAGAAAAAAGACAAACACUCAAAAAAAGCAAAGAAAGAGAAGAAAAAAAAGAGCAAGAAACAGAAAUGUGAAAAAAACAAUGAGUCAUCUGAUAGUUCAUCAAGCUCUGAAGAUGAGUGGAUUGAGGCUGUUCCAUCUCAGACUCUUGGCAAGGAAAAGGCCUGGAAGGUGAAAGGUGAAAAGUCAGAACAAAAAGAUGACGAUCAAGUUAUUCAGAGGGAUGAAUGGAUGACUGUUGAUUUUAUGUCUGUUAAAACCGUGUCAUCAUCAUCACUCAAAGCUGAGAAGGAAACAAUGAAGAAAAUAGAGCAAGAGAAAACUCAAGCACUGGAGCGGUCCAAACUCCUGGAAAGAGAAUUGAAUCCAUAUUGGAAGGAUGGUGGGACAGGUCUUCCCCCAGAAGACUGUAGUGUGUCAUCGAUUACUAAAGUUUCAGUGGUAGAAGACGGUGGAUUGAGCUGGCUCAGGAAGUCUUACCAAAGAAUGAAGGAACAAGCUGAGAAACAAAACAGAAAGUUUGAGGAUGUUGUAGCUGAAAGAUACGGGUCAAUGGAAAUAUUUCAGUCGAAAUUAGAAGCAGCUGAAAAAACUGUAUCUACAAAAGAAGAUUAUAGACAAGAACGGUGGAGGAAACCAGCAUUUUCAGAUAAAGCACAAAAUAGUCAAGAAAGUAGAAAAUCAGACUUAGUAAAAUAUAGCAGUUCAAGGGAUAGAUACGCUGCAGUGGAUAUUACAGACAGCGAUAAAGGGGAGUUUCGUGGUGAUGAAAAAGAUAAGAAAUCUGAAUCUUUAGAAACAUGCAGAAGAGAGUCCAACCCACGGCAAAAUCGAGAGUUUUCUUCCCUUGGAAAUCUGAGACCUAAGUUUUUAAGGCCCUCUGAUGAUGAUGGACUAUCGUAUCACAGCAGGGGCAGACAUUUUGAACCGUCUAGUUCAUCUUCAGCAUUGGUAGCUCGGGGUUCUUCGCGUUGUGGUUUUCGAAAACCUACUGAGAUGAGUGAAGAACGUUUAACAUCCUGGAGUCAGUCUGAUGGGACAGGGGACAGGAAACAUGCAAAUGAAAAGCCGUUGGGAACCAGUAGCAGUGUUGGACACCAGCACAUUCCAGAAGAUGUGAGAGAGAAAUCACAAGUCAAAAGCUCGAGAGAUGACCCUCCAAGAAAAGAAGAUGCCAAGUCCACGUCUGCGAGUGGUCCAGAAGAUGGGUCUGUCCACAUCCUGAGCGUUGAUGAGAAGAACAAGUUGGGAGCCAGGAUUAUCAAGGCAGAGAUGAUGGGGAAUAUGGAAUUAGCUGAACAGCUUAAAUCUCAACUAGAAAAGGCAAAUAAAUUCAAAGAAACUGUAACACAGAUAUCAAAAAAAUCUGGAGAAGAGAAUAAAGACCAGGAAGAAGUGAUCCUUGUCAGAACAGAUCAGUCUGGAGGAGUGUGGCCUGUGAACACACCAGGAAAAUCUCUGGAGCCAAGAGGAGGAAGAAGAAAGAGACAGAUGGUUUCAACCCAUGAGGAAAAAGAAAGGGUCAGAUACUUUCAUGAUGAUGAUAAUCUGAGCCUAAAUGAUUUAGUCAGAAAUGAAAAGAUGGGAACAGCAGAAAAUCAAAACAACCUUUUUAUGAGAAUGACAUCUAAGUUUAUGGGAAAAACCGAUGGAGACUACUAUACUCUGGAUGACAUGUUUGUCUCCAGAGCAGCCGAGAGAGAGCGUGGCAGUGAAGAGGAGAAGCAGAGGAGGAGAGCUGUUGCUGAGCAUCGGAGCCUGGCUGCCCAGAUGGAGAAAUGUCUGUAUUGUUUUGACAGCGCUCAGUUUCCCAAGCACCUUAUUGUUGCAAUAGGAGUUAAGGUUUACUUAUGUUUACCCAACUCCCGCUCCCUCACUGAGGGCCACUGCCUGAUAGUCCCUUUGCAGCACCACCGAGCAGCUACUUUAUUGGAUGAAGACCUCUGGGAGGAAGUUCAGAUGUUCAGGAGAUCAUUGGUGAAGAUGUUUGAAGAUAAAGGGUUGGACUGCGUCUUUUUAGAAACUAACAUGAGUACCAAGAGACAGUUCCACAUGGUUUAUGAGUGUAUUCCUCUCCCCAAGGAGGUGGGGGAUAUGGCUCCCAUCUAUUUUAAGAAAGCCAUCAUGGAAUCUGAUGAAGAAUGGUCCAUGAAUAAGAAGUUGAUUGAUCUCUCUUCGAAAGAUAUCAGGAAAUCUGUUCCCAAAGGCUUACCUUAUUUCUCUGUGGAUUUUGGCCUCCAAGGAGGGUUUGCCCAUGUCAUUGAAGAUCAGCACAAAUUUCCUCCAUACUUUGGAAAGGAAAUCAUUGGUGGGAUGCUGGAUAUAGAACCAAGACUUUGGAGGAAAGGCAUCCGAGAAAGCUUUGAGGAUCAGAGGAAGAAGGCCCUGCAGUUUGCUCAGUGGUGGAAACCAUAUGACUUCACCAAAAGUAAAAAAUGUUGAGGCGUAAGUUUGGUUUUUAAUUUCCUCUUCAGACGCUGUUCAGUUUUAUCUCCAUUAUAUAUCACUAAACACCUGACCCUCAGAUCAUAGACAGAGACUGACGGCAGCAGAUGGCUCUGGGUCCCUGACGACUGCGCCUCAUGCAGUUGUGGUGUUUUCUCCCCACCUGCUCCUAAAGACUUCGUUUCAGUGAC